AGCUGGGUCUAUAUACUAAGCAAGCUAUGAUGACUUUGACCUUGAUAUUUUAUAUAACCGACUGGCUGAGGCCAGCCUAAAAAGAUGCUCAGGACAGUUGACGGGUCACUGCUGCGCAUCGUCACAAAAGCUUAUCUUUAACACAUGUUUUUACGCCUUAUUGCUUGUCGAUUUAAACAUUAAAGCAUCCAAACACAAGACGCGGAAAAGCUGAAUGGAGUAGCUGGUUACUUGCGCAAUGUGUUCGGUGCGCCCUGCGCAUGAGAUAGAGAGGGGGGAUGGGGCGCGUAUCACAGACAGCGACACUGAACCGAGCUCUCUUCUGAGAAAGAGAAAGGCAUAUCAAAGCACUUGAACAUCGAAUUUGCUUAUUUUUGCUCUUGUGCCGACAAAUACAUACAAAAUAUGUCGAAAUAUCCACCUUGGAAAUUAUGCUUGAAAAAACUGUCAGUUAUUUCUUAAAUGAAAGUAAACAGUUGAGGAAAAAAAUGGGAUGUGUAUUAUAUUGGAUGCGUUCAUCGUCUUAAAGUGACCGCGCCUAAUUUAGCUACUUUAGCUACAUUACUGCAGUAAUGUUAAUCCAAGAAAAUGAAAGAAAAUCACUCACUGCUCUUGACUGAAUUACUUUGUAGUUUUAACAUUCAAACCAAAAAUUAUUCAGACACCAGGUAUAAUUUUUGAUAGAUAUAUAUAUAUAUAUAGCAAAACUGUAAUAACGUGAGAAAUGUUGAAGGUGUCUGAAUAAAUGUAGGUUUGAUUGUAUAUUUCAUUUUUACAUUGAAGACUACCCAGUGCUAUUUUACAUUUAAUUAUUUGGUUUCUGUACCUUGACACCUACAAACUUGAAAAAAACUUAAACAUUGGUGUGAAACAGGCCUAAUGUUGUUUGCACCUUGUGCAAUGUGGAAUUAGUUUACAGCUUUUUCAAGCACACUGUGAUGCAUUUUGGAAACCGGAGAUGAGCCCCUUUUCUAAUGCACCACCUAGCUUGAUAAACCCUUUCUCAAAGACUUACUGUUUGUCAAUUUUAUUUGGGUAACACACAUAUUCCGAAUGCCUUUGGCAGAAUUCGAAUGAGCCAUUUUAAUCUAGAUUAAUCUAAUUAAUUCAAGAUCACAGUGAGAUUAAUCUAUAUUAAAAAAAUUAAUCUAUGCCCACCACUAAUUACAAUACAAUGCAUUUCAUGAAACUAUCCGGGGCCAUAUUUUUGCAUAAUAUCAGUUAAGAAAAGAUGCUUUAAGUAUUUUAUUUUAUUUUAUAUUAAUUUUAUUACUUUAAAUGUAUCCAGUAAAAAUACUGUACUACAGCAAUGACAUACAUGACAGAGAAUUGUGGGAAUUAUAAAAAAAAGAUAAAAAUACUAAGACUAAUCAUUGCAAUGACUAUUUUCCUAAAGUUAUAUUUUUAAUAUUUAACCUAUUUUUUUUCUUUUUUUAUUUCCUUUUUUGUCAAUUUUCAUGACACUUUUUUUUUAAUGAAAAUUAUAAAACAAUAAAAACCAACAAGCAAACAUCUUAAUAAAAUAUGGUCUUAAAAAUGAGGAAAAUGUGCUUGUCUUAAAAUAAUUGUCAGUAUGUAUAAUUUAAGUUUCUUUUAAUUAUAUUAUACAUUACAAUGUUUUCAUAACCCCCACCACCACCUCAAUUUACCAUUGUAACAUCUGUAAUUUUUGUAGUAUGUGUGAUAUUUAAAAUAUUUAAAUAGAAUCAUAAUAAAAUGUAAAAGAUGUGCUUCUGUGGAGCUUCGUUGCAAGUCAGGUAAUUAGAUUACAUCCCUUAUGUAACUGCUGCCUUCCUCUUUAGAUGACUGAAGCUGCAUUAAGCAUACAUGCUUUAAAAAAGCAACACGAAACUAUGAAGAAUUCAGCAGUAAAAUGAUCGUUCCACACUACUUUGAUCAUCUUCUAGUAGAAUUAGUGUAUUGAUACAGCUUAAAGCGAUUGGAUGCCUGGUUCUGUAUUUGGAAGGUGAGGAUGGGUGUUACUGUCUGAGGAAUUUAAAGUCCUCCCAGUCAUUCUCUCAUUCAGACGGAGCAGGAGAUCAUGGAGACUGGAGAUGUCAUUUUCACAAGGGACUUUGAGUGGUUAGUUUUUAACGGCUCCUCCACAAGUUCCUCCAUCAUGCUCAACAGUAGCUUGCACAGUCCCUUGCCCGAGGAAUUGUGCUUGGUAUCGGGAAGACCACAGCGUGCAUUCGGGACUGUAGGGGUGGUCGUCAUAAUAAUUAUCACUAGCUGCAUCAGCCUGCUAACAGUCCUGGGCAACGUCCUGGUUCUGCUUUCAAUCAAAGUCAACCACAAUCUCCAAACCAUCAACAACUACUUCCUUUUUAGUCUAGCUUGUUCGGACCUUAUCGUUGGUGUUUUCUCCAUGAAUCUCUACACUGUGUACGCCGUAAAGGGAUAUUGGCCUUUGGGACCGCAGAUGUGUGACUUGUGGUUGGUUGUGGAUUACGUCGUGAGUAACGCGUCUGUGAUGAACCUCCUACUGAUCUGUUUUGACCGGUACUUCUGCGUGACCCGGCCUCUGAGUUACCCAACCAAACGUACUGCAAGAUGGGCUGGGGUGAUGAUUGCCGCAGCUUGGUUACAGUCUCUGCUUCUCUGGGCUCCAGCUAUCCUGCUUUGGCAGACUGGGCAGGACAAGAGCAAGGUCCCAGAGGGACAAUGUUACAUCCUGCUCCUCGCGAACCCUGCUGUAACCCUGGCAACCACUAUCCCAGCAUUCUAUAUUCCUGUUGUAAUAAUGACGGUACUGUACACGAAAAUAUCCCUGGCCAGUCAGAGACGGGUUCAUAAGUUGAAGCCUGAAUCCGCAAACCUGCUUGAUCCGUCUAAGACAAGUGGAGUAUCGUCAACCGCAAACCCUGACCUAGUGAAUGACAUUAAACCAGAUGACCCAUGCACAUUUAAACAUGAUUCAAAGCUCGUUAGAAUGAAACGGCUCUUUUCUGUAGAGUUCAGCAGGACGGAUGACUCCUUGGAUUCCAGUCCUGAUGCCUCUAUGGAAGAGCGAGGGCUGGAUGCAGAAACCUCAAGACCAAAGACCUCGACAGCCUGUGUGGAAACUAGUAGGACAAGGCAACCUCACUGUUUUCAAAACCAUACUGCCAUUCAGGUUCAAGGUAAAACGUCCAAGGUUGUUUUCAAGACUGCCAAGGCUCUGAGAGAGAGGAAGGUGACAAAGACCGUCCUUGCUGUUCUUCUUGCCUUCAUUGUUACUUGGACUCCUUAUAGCGUUAUGGUUCUGAUUGGUACCUUCUGCCGUUGGUGUGUCCCUGAAAUUCUGUGGAUGGUGGGUUACUUUAUGUGCUACGUCAACAGCACGGUAAAUCCAGUGUGCUAUGCACUGUGUAAUGCCACAUUCAAAAGAACCUUUAAACGACUGUUGAUGUGCAAGUUCAGAAAUCUGACAUUAAAAUGAGUCGUAUUUCAGUCUCUUAUCAAUGACUCCUGGCCAACCAAUGAGGUACCUGAUUCGCUCAGAUGUUUUGUGACAGUGAAGCUGUUUUACUAGAUCCAAAAGUAAAAACGUGGAGUUGGUUUAGGUUACUGGUCUUUAUAAUUUUUUUGAUAAUGUAUGCAUUACGUGAACGAUUUUGACGUAUCAUAGUUGUUUGCAAAUGCAUUCUUACGCUAAAAGUUUGUGUAAAUCAAUGCAGUAGUUUAGAGAAGACCCUGAUUCUUAUUUUUUUGUGCAUAAUGCUGGUUUACCAGAGCCAAAAGUGUAAAUAAAGUGAAGUAUUUAGUUGCUCAUAUUGCACGCAUUAAAUGUAUCGCAAAGUCAUUAAGUUGAUACUUAUUUUUUGAGUGCGUCUUAAGUGGUUUACUAAAGUGAGAAGUAAAAAUAAA